AUGUCCGAUAUUGACGAAGACGAUUUCGACGAUGGAGAUUAUCCCUACACGCUACGCAGUACUUCCACAAGGCUGCCACCAGCUCCAGACGACAAGAAAAAAAGAGAAGAGACUCUGAGAUAUCUCGAAAGCGUACUGGAAUCGUGGGUAAACGACAACUCCAAGGCGGAUUACAAUCCGAUGCCGCAUAUUCAAGAGUAGAGCCCUUGUUCACUGUUUUUUUUUUGAACUCGGAGUAUUUCAGGCUGUGUAAGGUGCUGGAAGAGUCUUACGAAGAGUUUCUGAAAAAAGAUCCCGAUCCGCUCGACGACCGGCACCCUUACAGAACUCAUCCGAAAUCAACCUUCGGAAACGUUUUGAAAACACUCUUCCGAAACGACGAUUUCAUGCAUAAAGUGAGACGGUCACUGUUCAUAGACCCUCAAUUUUUACGUUCAGCUAGUUGUUUCGUAUAUUCUGGGUCGUGACUCGGAAUUGAGCAUCCAAUCGUGUCGCCUUCUUCUUGGUUGCGUUCCUGGCUUAGACAGCAACGUUCUUUUUUCGGUUUGGAUCUGUUUUCUGAGUUUAGCACAAAAAGAAAAAUAUUAUUUCCACAGUUUUCAAGGGGUUUUUUUUUCAAACUUCCCUCUUUUUUAAGGUAACGAGGAAUAAGAAAGCAACAAAAACCUAGUUUGAUUCGUUUUUCACUAGCUUCUUGUAUUGCCUAGUAUGAAUAAGAGUCUGUCGGUAACACUAACUAGAAAGAAACAGCAAAAAUUAGAAAUAAAUAUCCACAAAAAAUGAUAAGAAAUUUAUAUUUUCACCGUUUUUUCGUCAAUCUUAUAUUUUUAUUGCAGUUUUAAUCAAAAUUUCACUUUUGUCUCUUCUAAAUUUUCUCUUAAAGUAGAUUUUUUUAGGAUCCCGAUGAUUUCAUUCCAACGCUAUAUCAAUGGGCGAAGAACGACAGUAACGAGUUGUUGCAAGCUUAUUCCAUGGGCCUCCUGGCUUCGGCUUUGGAAAAUCAAGAAAACGCGAGCAAAUACAGAUCUGAGAACGAGACUUUGAUUCCAGUAGCUCUGCGGAAGCUUGUUCAGCUAAAGGUUUGUCCUUUUUUGAAGCGAAAAGAGAAAAAAAAACACUUCCAGGAGAAAAUGUCGGGAGAAAGUUUGGGAAAUGCUUUAAAAUGUAGUCAACAGGAGUAUCCACACACCAGGUCGCUCUUUGUCUCUUUCCGGAAUAAAACGAUCGAUUUUUUUAGUUUUGCGCAUUUGAUCAACGGGCAGCAACCGUCAGAGGAAGUACGAGAAUCGGGUCAAGAAGCCGCUCCUCCGAGAUUGACGUCACGGGAACUCGAACUCAACCAGAACAGUCAGUUCUUUUUUCACAUCAAUCGUCAAUUAGCUCUUGCAAUAAAUCCUUACUGCUUUCAAAUUUCGUCAAACGCACUCGCAAAAAUAUUUUCGAAUAUUUCAAACCUUCUUAAUUAUGAAGUAUACGGUUCUAUCAAUAAGAAAGGUCAUUUUACAGUGCGAUUGUCAAUUUCCUGAAAAUCCCCAGUAUAUUCCUUGGGGUGCCAGGUGGAAAUCCUGAAUCUGCACAAAUUCCUGGUUUUUGAGGAAAUUGAAAAUCAGAAAACGAAUUAAUGUGAUUAGAUGAGUUUUUUUUCUUGACUCCGAGGGGUUCGUUCUCGAAAAUUAGGAAAUCUUGCGUUGAGACUUAGGAUUUGGCUGUGGUACUUCAACGAGUUUUUGGGCCUGUCGAGAAAUUCCCAAAGCGCAAAGUAAAAUGGCCUUCUUUUUUAGCGCUUUUCUGCCAAGAAAUCUUUUUUAGGCAACGAUUCUAAAAAGAGUCGCGACUCGGAUGGUGGUCCUCCAAGGAAAAGAAGGAAGACCAAGGUUUAUUUUCAGCUUAAGAUCAAAAUUCACCUCCUAUUGUUCGUAGAACCUUGUUGUUCCGAGUUCCCCUCACCGGAUUCCUUCGUUUUCUUCUCUCGCCAAUCUCGACAAUAGCAACAGCAAAUGGGACGUUUUGCAGCCGUUUCUCAUAGGAAAUCACAAGGUUUGACGAAUCUUUCGACCAAAGUCCAUUCCCUUUUUGAAGAUUUAUCCACUCACCACGCAAAUGUAUCAACGCUACAUCUUCCAAUACUUGACGCCUACUGGAGAGUAUCAAGACGUAAGAUUUGGCUGGAAUUUUCAGUUAUUGAGUCUUUUUUAGUUGUUGAGUUUGGCGUACGAAGGAAAUGCGUUGGACAUGAUUCUCGAAUACAUCGACCUGGAGAAAUCUGGCGACGUUCGACUUUCUUUCGACGCUUUAAAAGUGGGUAAUUGGAAGAAUUAAGGUUUAUAAAGUAAUACUUCUUUUUCUUCAUCGAUAAACACUUUUCGGAAAAUAUAUUUUUUUUAACUUUGUUCUCUCUGUUGUUUGCCUAGCUUUGGAAAUUUUUCGUCGGAUCUUCGCAAAUUCUGUUUCAGUACCUGACCUCGCUCCUUGUGCACCGCAAGUUCGCCCUCGAGUUUGUCAAUCGCGGCGGAGUCAACAAACUUCUGAAGGUGCCUCGGAACUCUCUGGCGUCCGUCGGCGUCGUCACCUGCUUCUACUACCUUUCCUACACCGAAGAUGUCAUGGAGAAGAUCUGCCAGCUAGAAGACGAGGUUGUGGAUGAACUCGUCAGGUGGGUGUCGUGCUGUGUUUGUAUUAGCAGGUUUUUGCAAAAAAAAAAAUUUGAUAACUUUAUGAGUUUUUUUUUCGUAAGAUUUAUCACUUUAUCCGUUCGCAUGUAGCUCUGUUAAUCUUAAAUCAAAACAUUUUCUCGUUUUUUCUCCUGAUUAAUUCUUCCUAGCAGAAACGUGAUAAGUACUUUGAAAACUCAGAAAAGGCUCCAAAGCCAGAGCGUUGCAGCUAUGCGCUGUGGUGUCUGGAGCACUCGCACGAGAGCGGAAUGGCCAGUGCCAGUAUGUUUUUCGCGUCGGCCCUCUACCAUCGCGCGAUUCUGGAACGAUUCGACAACAUGGAUGGGAGCAGAAAACUGCACAACUACGUUGGUUUCCGAUUCUCGUCUUGGCUGAUGUUCUGUCCAGAUCUCGACGCUUACUCUGAUGCAAGACGUCGCCGCGACCGACAAGUACGACCUCACCGAAGAACAACUGCACACCAGCACGCAGGCUGUUCGCAACGCUUGCUCUGCUUUCAAAAGGUUUCACAGGCUGAAUAGUCUCGCAUUUCGCAAAGUUUCAGCUACAUCUCGGUCCAACUUUUCGGCAAAUUAGAGUAUUUGCGGAGAAUUGUCGGCAAUCAGAGGAAAUACGCGUCUCUUGGCUCGAUUCCAAGCGCCAUGCAACUGGAUUUGCCCAGAUACAAGGUUUGUACAUGAGAAGGUGAAUAUGAGAGAGUAUCCAGCGGCCUUGACACAUUCAAAGUUUUAAGGACAGUUCGUGAAAACCGUCUUUCUUUUAAGCUCAUGUAAGUUUCUAGUUAAUACCAGAAGUUGGCAAAAAGUUCAAUAGUUUCUAAAUUUUGUUUUUUUUUUUUUGGUUUACACAUGUCUAGAAUGGUCCUAGGAAAUUUCACUAAAACUACUUCCAAAGGCUCAUCAAUUCUUUUUUUUAAAUUUAUCACUUUUGUGAAAAAAGUUUUCAACUGAAAAUUUGCUAAAAGAUCACAAUUAAAUUUUGGACAAUUUUAAAAGAAAAACGGUUUAAAGGAGUUGCAUAUUGAAAAAACUGUGGGAGGAUCUGACAAGUUGUGAAGCUCGGAGUGUAUAUUGAAGUGCCAUUUUUCUUUGAAGAACAGCUGUGCAAAGUUAUCAGAUUUUUCGAGUAGAGUCCAAAGAGUUGUUCGAAAAUAGACAUAAUUGACAUUCCCAGUCAACGAGAGUCAACGAAGAAUGUGUGCCCGAGGCGAUGAAGAUCAUGACGAACAUACUGCGAUUCUCGACGACAGGCUGGCGUCCAAUCGAAAUGCUCCAAAAGCUCGGCGUUUUCCGAACCGUUCACGCGGUCGCCGUUCUAUCGCGCGAGUGGAACCAGAGUGUUGGGAAGUGCGAGUAAGCCCUCUUCUUUUCGUUCCGCGCAUCCUUUCUCAUUCAUCCUGUGCAUUUUCAGCCGACAAGAACUGAUGCUCAGCACGAUGGAGAUUCUGGCGAUAGGCUCCUGCUCGCCGGUCGUUCAGAACGAGUUGAUUGAAACCCAAAAAAUCAUCCACCUCAGCGCAGAUGGGAUCUCGUCAGUGCUUGCUUGUGUGGUUAUUCGAACGACAAGAAUUCAGAACUUUGAUGCAAACGGCAUCAGACGAAGAAUGCGAAGGAGGCGCCAGAGCCUCCGCUCUUUUCGCCAUUAUAAACUGCAUUUUCGUCCCUGCCGACCUUUUCAAGGCAAGCGACGUCUCCAGAAUUAUUAGCUGAAAAUCGGAAGUUUCAGGCGGCGAAUGAGCGUCUUCUGGCGGAAGCGUCGAAUGGCGCUGAGAAACGAGAAAACAAGAAGAAAGGCCCGUCUUCUCUUGACCAACUCGAAAAGAUGUGGACUGCGCUCAGGGAGGCUGAUGGGCUCAUGGUGGGCUCACGAUUCGAUGAAAUGCUUUUAAAAUUCAAAGUUCGAAAAAAAAAGUUUGAAAAACACCCAAAAAGACAGUAGAACAUUGGAUCCAAAUUUUUUUCUAAAGUACGGAUUAUAAAAAAUGCAAACAGACUAUUAGAACAUACACAAAAAUUUUCCAAUCGGAAAAGUAGAAAGCCUAAUUUAUAGUCAUUUUUUUCAGAAGAAAAAAAUAGAUCAUUCUAAAAAUGGACAGUAAGGUGCUCUUUUCUUUGGUAUCACCAAACUGAAAACCAAAAUGUUGAACCGAAUAAUCGAAAAUUCAGAAACGUUUUCAUGUAAACGGCUUUCUCAGGUUCUCUGUUCUUUGGUGAAGGCGGCGAAACCGACGCCCGACGCAGACCGAAUCCGAGCCCUCGCCUGCUACGCACUGGAAGGUUUCGCUCGCUGCCCUCAGAUCAGACAGAUUCUCUCGAACUUGCCCCUCAUCGCCAACAACGAACUGCAAGGUUCUCCUGUGUUCCCGGCCUCGUGACCCUGUUCCUAGGACUCAUGAGAGAACCUCUGGUGCCAGACAAGCGCACCGAACACGCGCAGUUCUGCAGAGAGGCCAUGUGUCUUAUCGAAACCGUAACCCAAAACUCCGUCAGAGGCAAAAAUCACAAUCCGAAAGAAAUCACCCAGGUCAGUCUUUUGGUCCUUUUCCUCUCGAUCAGCAAGUUACAGGAACGUCUGUGGAAGUCUUGGGUCGUUGCAAAUACGAAGAUCAACUACAACGAGAAGGAGCUGCUGCAGCUGAUCCACGAACAUUUGCGACGAAAAGGGCUCACCAACACGGCCAACUUGCUCAGGACGGAAGCAGAUCUGCCGGACGUGCCGGCCAGUCGUUUGUCCAUGACUCCGGCCAAACUCAGCGCUUUGGUUUUCCAUGUCCUCUGUUUGUCCAAAAGCCAACAUUCCAGCCGCACACGCGAGACGUCGGUGUGGAACACCCACGAGCGGCGGUCCUUCGAUCGGUUCCCAGCCAGAGGAAGUUGCCGUCGACGCCGUCUUCUGUGCGAAGGAACCUCCAGGGCUUCUGGACUCCCUCCGCCUCCUUCGCCACGCCAUCUCCUAUCCGAUUCAAAACUUCAAGUCCGUCUUUUCAUGUCUUUUAUAUGAUCAUUGUCAAUAGUCGAUGAUACACUACCCUUUCUCUAUAGAGAUUAUCUCGUUCAGUUGUGUAUAUUUAGGAAGAGUCUAUGGGAGUAGUUUCGAAAGUUAGAUAAUUAAUCGAAAAAUUCAAAACGCUGGUAUUUCAGUUUCAUUGGGUCAGUAAUUUUAGGAGGCGAGGACGGCAUUCUGCGGUUGAGCAACAGCAUUUCGCUGGAAUCCCCUGUGACUCCCGUACGAACUCCCGAUUCUUCGACCAUCAAACCGUGCAAAGUGCUCGAUGACAUCAUCACUGAAUAUCUUCGGUUUGUUAUUAACUGAUGACGUUUUACCCAGUUAUCUAUAUUUUCAAAGCUUGUUCUAUCUUUCAGAAAUCCAAAUUGAUAGUCAAAAAAGACAUUUUAUGCAGCUUGUGGCUCCCAAAUUAUGAAGUGUUUCGGCUUUCAAAAUGAUCUUUUAAGUAUGUUGGAACUAGCGACCGCUAUUUAGGAAAACAGAAAGAAGAAACCUGAUGGCAAGCUACUGUGGUUCUUCACUUAAAAUGAAGCGAUUUAUCUGGGAAACCUUAGUUUUGGAUCAACGUAUUUUUUCAUAAAAUGCGUCGUUGCAGUGGGCAGCACACAAUGUGCUCGAAUCCCGUCACGACUUGCCCGCCUUUCUCGCUCUUCUAUCCCCACAAAUGUCCUGAACCCAAAGCCAUUUCCUCCACCUACACGAACAUUGCACGGCGGUUCGCCAACCGGGAUCUUCUCAAGAAUCCCUACAGGUUUACUUGCUUCCCAGUGUAUUUGCAAUCGAAGUUCUUUUCGUUCAGGACGCUCUCGACGGCUCAAGAUGAGAGAUAUGUUUUCAGCCGCUUCAGACCUGUCACUACGCUCAACGACCAUGAGGAAACCUACACUGCCUGCUCUUUCUCGGUUUCUAUAUCUUCUAUUUGGCGUCAUUUUGAAUCAUCUGAGUCUUCUGAAAUGUUCUGAAAGUUCUUCAAAAAGCAAAAAUUUGUAGAGGUGAACAAUUAGUUUUUUAUAAGACUACAACCUGCAUAGCGAAUAAAAUCAGUUUUUAUUGGAAAACGUUAAUCAAGUUCUUAGUUUAGUACUCUUAUUUUACAUAAUACUUGAGGCGCUCUUUAUUAUUAUGCUAUGGUUAAUUAUUUUAUAAAAGAUAGUUUUCAGAUCGACGACGUGCACAUGAUAGUGGGGAUGUAUUCGGGAGACGUGCACUGGAUAAACAUAGAGACACAGGAAGACGAAGCCACCACACACGCCCAUCACAGCGCCAUCACGGAAGUCCAUCCAAGCACAGUAAUUUCUUCUUCGCUUCGUAAAAAAGCGAGAGUUUCAGGAUGGAUCGAUGCUCCUGACGUCUUCGGCCUUCAUGCGACCGCUCUCGGCUUUGUGGCGCCUCGGCGAGUCCGCUGAACUGCUUGCGCACUUUCCAGACGACAGCUGCAUUCGCUUCUCCAACUUGGGUACAGAAAAGAUUCUAGGGACCGAGAACGGCAAGGCCACAGUAAGUCCACCAAGUUCCCCCCUCCCUAAUCGCUCUGCUUGGAGGUCUAUGACACGGAGACUCUCAAAAUUCUGAACGUCUACGCGCCGGCGACGUGGAAAAUCCCGCGUUACACGAAGAACUUUGCCUCGUUCUCUCCUUGCGACUCGAUGAUUUUCAACGACGGAUACCUGUGGGACAUCCGCAGUUCUACAAAAGUUGGCCCCCCGUUUGCUUUUUUUUCCUAUCGCCAAAGUUUUAGCCCCUCUUCAUGUUUGACAAGCUCAACUCCACCCAAUGUGGCGUUUUCCAUCCGAACGGCAAUGAAGUGAUUAUCAACACAGAAGUGGUUUGUUUUCCGUAUCCAUUACUUUUAAUCGUCGCUAUCACUUUUUUUCACAUUUUUGGGAUUCAAUUGCUUUGGGAAUAAUCGGUAUUCAGUGGGAUGUCAGAACUCACCGGUUACUGCGCAGUGUUCCUGCUCUGGACAGUUGUCGAUUGAAAUUCAAUUCUACAGGGGUUCGGUUUUUUGUAGCCACAAAAUAAAUCUUUUUUUUUAAGAACAUCAUGUACGCUUCUCACUUGGGCGAAGUGGACGACAACUCGCUAGGAAAGGAACAUAUGACGUGGUUCAAGACUUUCGAUACCUCCGAUUACUCGGUAAUCAGAAGGCGGCCUCGACUUGCACAGUCUCUGCUUUGUUGCCAGGUCAUAACGACGAUGAACCUUCGGAGACGCGUCUACGACAUUUGCUGUGACCACAGCGACAAGUACAUGGCGGUGAUCGAACAGACGCGUUCGUCUGCCAAUGAUUUCAUCCAUCAUGAGGACAGUCAAGUGCGGAUCAUCGAAGUGAGAUUGUUGUGUCGGGAGCUAACGCAAAGAGGAUUUUGAGGUCGGGAAGCGGAAGGACGCCGAAGACGCGGAGGGCGACGAGGAGGAAGAAGUCGAGGAUGGCAACGAGCACAGCGAUUCGGAGAACGACUCCAGCGAUAUCGAUACUUCUGACGAGGACGACUUCACGGAGGAAGGCGUUUUCGACGUCAUUGGAAGGGUUUGUGUACUUCAAGGGUCAUUUUAGCACAAUGUUCGGAAUUUUCUAUGAAUUUGUUCAAAUACUCUUUGAUGGACCAACAAUGGAUUCCACAUAGUCACAAUCUGAAUAACUUCUUGGUUAGUUUUUGAGAAAUGACGCCUCGAAGUUUCCUCAUGUCUUCUCAACCUAUGAAUGAUGGUUUUCUUCAGGUUUAAGGUCUUCGUUCUCUAAAAUAGAAAGUUUUGCAAGUUUUCACUCGAAGGAUCUUCUGAUGCAUCAAAAAAUUUGUUUAAUGAAAAAAGUUUUGUGAUAAAAUUGAUAUCAAGGAUACAAUUUUGUGGGCAACGUUUUAUUCAAACAAACUUUCAUUUUUUUUCUGGUAAAAAAAACGGCGAAAAACUUUUUCUGCUUACAGCUUGAAGAAGGAAGAAGUGACUCAGAGAGCGAAUCUGAGAGUUUCACUAGCGACAGCAGCGGAUGGGAAACGGCUUCGAACCCGGGUUGGGUUUUCUCUGAAUUAUUGAUGUACCUGUAAUUUUAGAUGGCGAUAACAAUGACGACGAUGACGACGCGAACAUGCCCGGAGGAAAUUUCGACUUCGAAGACGAUGAAGAUUUUUAGUUAGUUUUAUUUUCAUUUCCCACUAUUAGCAAAAGUUUCCCGGUUUUUAGAAUUUUUGUGAAUUCAAAUGACACUUUUCCAUUGUUUUUUUGAAGCCCGCCGCCAGAAAACACAAGCUCAACCCCUCUGAACCCGCAUUUGCGCAACCAAGGCAGUCAAAGGUGA